UUCUACUAGUCCCUAUAGAUGAGGCACAGACAUUUGUUUUCCAUUUUAAAUAAUUUUCCAUUUUUUAGGAAUUUUUUUUCGUCAAAAUUGAGGGUUUUUAUUCAAUAGCUUCCAGGUCAUGUGACCUAAUGACUCAGAAUCACAUUGAUAUAAUUCUACUAGUCCCUAUAGAUGAGGCACAGACAUUUGUUUUCGAUCUAAAGUAAUUAUUAAUUUUUAAAAAAAGUUUAGAUAGGAAAUUGAGUACUUUAAUUCUAUAGUUUCCAGCUUAUGUCACAUAUGCAUCUGCAGUCGGUCUUUCGUAACAAGAUUUCCGUUUGUAUGAUGUUCGAGACAGACUAAGGUGGACAAAGGAAAGGUUUAUUCAUCUCUGGAACAGUAUAAAGAUAAACCAAAGGUACAAUUGCAGCCUUAAGUAGUGUCUGCUCUGAAGGGUCAAACCACCUUUCAUUAAUUUAGAAUUUUAUGUCAUCUAAAUAAAUGCAUUUUAAAAAAUGCAAACACACAUAUUUCUAUUUGUUUGUUUUUAAUAUUUUAUGUAUUACUCUUAAGCAAUAAGCACCGUUAUGAAAUACCACAAACUCACCACCCACAUUUACAUGGCCUCUCCUGUAAUAUAUAAAUAGUGUUUGAACAAACAGGGAAACAGAAAACGAAAAGAGAGGUGAGUCACUCCAACUUAGCACUUAUGACACUUAAUAGACUGUACACAAAGUUUAUUUUUAGUAAACCGUAGCAUUACUGUCGCUUGUCUUUCUUUAACAAUUUUCUUCCCCUCCCAGAUAAUCACCUCACUUUUCAAAGAGCAGUUGUGCAGAGCCUGGAACAAAAGGAUCAAUUGUAAUUAUUGAAAUAUCAAAUAAAUACUUAAAAAUUAUUGUGUGGAAAUGGUUAUUGAUGCAAAUCUAUGCUUAAACUGUAGUUCUAAAUAGAGUAAUUUUUAAAGGUAUAAGGUGUAAUAGGUGCUGUGAAAGUGCUCUCUAUAUAUGUACAUUUAUAAGUAUGUAUAAGUACACAUGGAUAAUAUAUAAAAAAAUAUAUAUGAGAAAUCCUCAUGAAACACACUCGAUACCAGUAGGUGGCGUUAAUGCUCCAAAGCUUGUUUUUCUUUUUGACAAUCACCAAAGAAGAAGAAGUAGAAAACGAAGCGCACCUGAGAAAGCGUUUCAUAGCUCUUGUCCAAAUGGGCCGUUUCAGGAAAGGACAGAGCGAUAAAAAUCGAAAUCUUUGGGAAACAGCAGGAGGCACUGAUGCCAUAAUUAAGUGUUUCAUUUCAUUGAAGUUUAGCGAGGCAGUUCCAACUUAUGACCAAUGGUUGUCGCUUGUUUUUUAUCUAUUUAAAAGUAAUGAUAAAAAAUAUUUGAAGUGGUUGAAGGUCAUUUGGGCUUCAGAUCGCAAAGGAAUAUGGACGAAGGUGCUUAAUGCAGGUACUGUUUUUUUUCUGCUUUUUGCUAGUUACACUGUUGUUACAGUAUUCUUUGCAUAUUUUUUGUGUCACAAAGAUGGAGAGCCAUUCAAUUCAAAAUUAAAUAAAUAAAUUAAAGGAACACAGAAGGAAAAUAUGUCUUUUAGAAAGACGUGGUGUUUGUUGUACAUGAUAAAGUGAAAUUUUUUAUUAGUAAUUAUAAUUUUCCUGUUAGGGGCUGUUAUGAGCACCUAUCAGUAUCCUUCUAGGGUCUCAUAAGAUUUGUAUUUAACAUACAUAUAUAAUAAAAAUGUGUUAAUUCGGAUAUGUUUCUCGUUAGGUAGCCAAAUCAGUGAGAAGGGCAAUGUGCCAAUGAUGAUGUGUGGAAAUGACAGUGGGACCCAAAAUCAAGCAGAGAAUAGUACAGGACAAGAACAUUUUGUUUACUACACAGGACAAAAUACAAUGCAGGACAGUGAACAGUCAUUGCACAAAGCUAAAUUACAUGUUAAACAACCACAGUCAGAACAGCAGACAGGAUAUAAUGAUGAAAAUGACGAUAUAACAGAGGAUGCAAAAGUUACAAAAUCAAAGAAACCUCUCAAAAGAAAAAAAAGGGACAGAAUAGGUCAGGCAAUUGUUCAGCCCCAUGAAUGUUUGGACACACAGAGUAGUACAGCACAAGAUGCGUACUCUGACGACACAGGACAAAAUACCACUGAGGACAGGGAGCCGUCACAGGACAAAGUAGAAGUCAAUAAAAAAGAGCCAGGUUCACAACAACAGACAGGACAGGAGGAAACAAAAGAGGCUCAGAAUGCGGACAGAACAGAGGAAAGAACAGAGGAAGGAACAGAGGAAACAACAGAGGAUCAGAAUGAAGAAACAACACAGGAAAGAACAGAGGAUCAGAAUGAGGAAAGAGCACAGGAACAGAAUGAGGAAAGAACAGAGGAACAGAAUGAGGAAAGAACAGAGGAACAGAAUGAGGAAAGAACAGAGGAUAGAAAUGAUGACCAGAAACGUGCUACAUCUAGAAUAAAUCCAAAAAAGACAAUGGACAAAAUGGAACAACAUAAACAGAGCAAAAGUGACUACAGACAAUGCAAGGCAGGCCUUCGUAAUUUUAAAAUAAAGAUAACAAGAAAAGAAUGGAAAAAAAUCAAACCCAAACAUCACCACAGUCAAUUACGUCACCCUUGGACUGAGAUAUUAUAUGAUCAAUUCAACAAAAUAAAUCCAUGUUGUACACUUUCCUUUAAAUAUCAACACGUGAAACUCAGUAGCAGCCGUAAAAAAACGUGUCCAUUUUUUAUUGCUCGUGCCAAAUGCACCUUUAAUGGAUGCAAUGCAAUUUAUACUUUUAGAAAGAAGAACAUCCCUAAACCAUUUGACAGCAAAAUCUCUUUUAUUGUGAAACGGCUUGGUUCGGUGACACACCGUAAAAAAGAAUGGAGAUUCAGACCAGCAAAAUACUUAAAAAGAGGUAAGAUAGCCAAAGCUGUAGCAGAUGGUGUCAGUAAAUACUACAAUUCAAAGUUGAGGCAGACACCAAUCCAAGAAAUCACAGCGGGGAACAUUACGAAAAGCCUCACUAAAGAUGUUUUAAGAAAAAUUUCAUCAGAAUUAAAGAAGAGUACAAGACUCCAUGAUGACAUAAUACUUGAGCUCGUGUUAACACAAAAACUGAUUAAAGAAACAAGCAUUAAUUCAAACUCCAAGGGAUAUUUCCAACAACUUCACAUUGACCCUUUUGCAGUGCAUUUACAAACAGACACUGGAUUACAGAUAUUGGCCCACCAUCUAAGAAAUUCAUCACCUGUUACCCUCCAUCUUGAUGCCACAGGGAGUGUUGUACAAAAAAUACCUGGUCAGGAAAAAAAAAAUUCUGUAUUAUGCUAUGGUUUUGCCAGGGAUGGGGAAGGACAAACCUCCUUUGCCCAUAACUGAGCUACUGACCAACAGCCAUACUGUUCCUUCCAUUUCACACUGGUUGAUGGAAUUCAACAGAAAACUGACCCACACUACCAAAAUCAAAAAAGCACAGAUAGAAACCGACUACAGCUGGGCUCUCAUUAAUAGUGUGCUACUAGCCUUUAACAAGGAGGAUAUUUCACAGUACCUAGAUAGAGCGUUUGAGAUUGUGCAUGAACAUAAAGUUGUAAUGAAAAACUUCACAGUAUUGCACCUGUGCUCUGCCCAUAUUAUGAAGGCUGUUACACAAGCUUUUGGGAAAAAGACCCGUGAUCGAGGCUUAGAGUAUGCAAGCUAUUGUUUCGCAUCCCUUUUAAACUGCAAUAACCUCCAACUUGCCAUGGAGGUGUUUUACAACAUGUGUGUACUAUUUGAUGCAAAACAUUGCAACCCCUUAGUACAAACAAGUCAAGCAUACCUCAACAGCUGUAUCUCCAAAAACAAGUCAGAGAAAGAUGAAGAUGGCCAGCAUACAGCAGAAGCACAACACAGCAAAAGUGACAAAAGCAACAGCAUUAUUGCUAACUCACCAUUUACAAAGACUUUCCAAGUUUUACGGGACCAAGCUCAGGUUGACAUUCUGUCUGAGGAAUCAGAGAUCACAGAAAAUCAUUACUACUGUCCUGGUAUAGUUGAUGUGCUUGUGAAGAACUACAUGGGAAUCAUCCCACUGUGGAGCGGAAUGUUACUUGGCGACUUAACACGGUACAAAACACCCACAUCUGCUGCAACAAAUAAAACAAGCAAAUCAAGAGAAACAAACUGCCAUGUGGAGCUGUGGUUUGGCUUGGUAAAAAAGAACAUCUUGGCCAAAAAAAAGUACCUCAGACCAGCAGACUUCAUCACAAAAUUGUAUACAUCUUUACAAGGUCGGUAUGUUGAACAUGUUAUGCAGCAUGGUCUGCCAGACAAACUUCUGGACCAAACUGUCAGAGUUUUGAAUAAACCGGCAGAUGAUCCCAAAGAAAAAUGGAACAAGAGGGAAAGUUCUGCUGGUCAGACAAAGACCAAAUUCAAGUAUUUCAAUCCCCCGAAGACAUUACCCAAUCCCAGAACUCCCAAAGGCACAAAAAACAAAUCACAAAGCUGCUGCUGCUGAUGAUGAUGAUUAUAAUAAAGAAUCACAGGUAAGGUUUCACCUACCUUUGAGACUCUGUUGCAGUUCCACAUAAAGAAUUAGUUUGUUAAAAACAAUGAAAUUAUCUGAUAAAAUUUUUUUGUAAUAUUCAUUUCUGAAAUUUCAUUAGAAGUAAACAAGUAAUAAUAGCCUGCAUUUCACAAUUUCAUUAUGUGGCUAACAUGGGAUAACAUAACUGACAUCUAUGUAUUGCAGUCUGGUAUAGAUUUUGUCUUUAUUAUGGCUGGCUGUUAGCAUAAAGUAUUAUUUAAAUUUUGUAAAAUAUACAUUUUUAUUGUAUUACUUUCAAAUGUUUUAAUUUGUUUGUUUGUAUAUCUGAUUUGCAGUUAACCUUGCUUUGGAAAAAGAGUGACACAGAAGCUGUAGUAGCAGUUGUUCCGUCACAAAUUAAAGGUCGGAGCAUUGUGAUUCAUCAUUCUGACUUGUGCACUCUUCGACCACAUCAGUGGUAGACAGGGGAGAUCAUUGAAAGCCUUCUGCAUGUGGCUGCCCAUGCAUUGGGAGUCAUGGACACCUUCUACAUCCUGAAUCACUACUCAGCUGGUGUGAUUUUGUUCAGGGACAGAACUGAGCUUCCUAGACAAAGUUAACCAAAGGUAAACUUUGACAACUAUGAAGCAGUUCUGUCAUUUGUCCUUGUGAACAACAAUCACUGGAAGUUGCUGUACAUCAAUGCAGAAGCCAGAACUGUAUUCCUAAUAGAUCCUGCACAAGUAUCAUCUGAGCUCGUGGACUCCCAAAAGGCAGCUAAAAGAAUACAAUAAUACUUCAAAAUGAGAAAGACAUGCCAUGGAAAAACAGACUGGGUUGGGAUCCAAUGGAAAGGGGGGACAAUGCGCCACCCUAUUCAACAAGACGGAAGCAGCUGUGGAGUUAUUGUAGUCAAAAUGGCAAAAGCACUGAUGGAAGCCUUCCCUCUGAUGCCAGAUGUAGAUUUUGACACAAC